AUGGUGGCCAUGGAUCAAUAUUAUUCGGAUCUUUCAGCUAUAGAGAAUAUAAUUCGUAAUUGGAAUCCCAUAAAAAAGACAGUCGAAGGACCUUCUGUGCCAAAAACUAGAAUUCCAAGAAGUGCCAAGUCCAAAGAUGCAGGAGCUCUAGAUACUGCUAGAGAGGAAAUUGUGAGCAAAUUUCAUAUAUGGUACGUGAAGGCUAGCAACCCCUGGCUGGACACGAUGCACGAUGCAAUAGUUGCUGGAAUGAGAGACAAUUUUUUAGCAAAAUCUACUCUUGAUGUUUAUCAAUUGGUCUCGAUAACACCGAUACCUGAAGUCCUGUCGAUCAGCGAAUCGAUGCAAGUCAGCGACCUAAGUGUACAAGAGAAUCGCACAGAAAAUCGAAGAAAUAGCAAAAGACGCAAACGAAGAGCGUCGAGCAAACAAGAACGAAAAAUGACGAGCAAAACAGAGGAUCAAUCGUUGGUUACUACCAAAAGCAAGGACACUAUUAACGCUACCGUUUCAGAUACUAUUUUGGAGGAGUAUUUAAAGCCACGAUGGAUCCUUCAACCGAACGAAUCGCAGAAAUUCAAGAUUCGCUUCCAACCGGAAGAAACGGGUCUCUACGAUGAAACUUACGCGUUGACCAUCGUGGACGGGAAUAACCUAACAUACGAAGUGAAAAUUAAUGGCAUCGCGGACAUCCCGAGAGUGGACAUGAAUCCUAACAACAUCUAUACGAAAACUGCAGCCAUUAAAUUGGAUAAUGCAGAUGGUCCUACAUACUACUUGAACAGCGGAAUUUACGAUUUUGGAUCGAUGCUGGUCCUACAAAAAGACAAAAGGCCACAUCGUCGCGAAGCCGAACUUAAGUUUCGAAACGUUUCCAACGUGGACGCGGAGAUGUGCUUCUCUCUAGAGGAAAACAACGCUAGCUGUUUCUCCAUCCAACCGGAGAAGCUCCUUAUCGAUCAUGGGAAUCACGGAAUCCUGAUUCUAUCAGCCAUUACCACGAAGCUUGGUCCAAUUUCAGAGAAACUGUACGUGUGUCUGAAGAAUAACCCGAAAGUCGAAGUAAUCAAGUUGGAAAGCGAGGGCGCAAAAGUGGACAUUGAACUGGACGAGAAACAACUGUCAUUUGGUCGCACGCUUCUCUACCGAAGAGAAUUUCGAGUUUUGACAGCACAAAACAAAACCCCGGUGGCAAUUUCAUGGCAAAUAGAAACCGAAGAAUCUUUCGAGCCACAGAUCACAUAUGCACCGGAUAGAGGUGUGAUUAAACCGUGGAACGAACAGAAAAUCGAGUUCUGCUAUCAUGGCGGCAAGGUGGGCGUAAUCGAAACGCAAACAGUAACUUUCAAAGCAUUUCUAUGCGAGGAAAACGAAGAGCCGAUUUUCGCAGACACCGUUCGUCUAUCAGGCGAAACUUACGAUGUCGCGGUUGACAUCGAUCACGCGAACCCUAUAGAUCUCAAAUGGAUAAGAGUCAAUUCUCCUGCGAGAGGUUUGAUGACGAUAAGAAAUCGCGGCGACUAUCAAGUGGAAUACGUUAUUACGCUAGAGGACAACGAAAAAUUGACAAAACUAGGUUUGCCCGCGAAUUUGAAGAAAAAUUUGGAGGUUUCGCCGGUGUCUGGUUCUAUUCCACCGUAUAGAGAGAAAAUCGUAGAAGUGACAUUUAUACCAAAAGACGAGUUAUCGCUUAAAGAAGUUCCGAUAUUAAAGUGCCACCUGAUCGAUACGAAUAAGGAAACUACGAUCGUCGCUGAGAUUCCGCUCGCAGUUUCCCUUAAUGCAUAUUAUACCAGAUUCCAAGUUCAUCCAUACCCUUUGAUGGACUUUGGACCAAUGGCAGUAUGCACCGAAACAACAAUGUACCUCAACGUAGAAAACACCGGAAAAUUCCCGUUGCAUUACUCUAUUCGUGUCGCGAGUAAACAUCCAUCUGUAAUUUAUAUGAGUCAAACAACAAAAGCAGAUUCGCGUAAAAAGCAAAAUUUAACGGCAAGGACGAACACGUCGAAGAUGGGCAAACGAUCCAUCAGAAGUAAAAAAGCUGAAAUCGAAGAUCAUUCAGAACCGGAAAAGUUAAUAGUAGGCCCGAUGACGAUAGCCAAAACCGAGGGUGACGUCGAUGCAGGCCAAACAGAUAGCAUCGCCGUGACUUGUUAUCCUGAAAUCGUGGGUACCCAGGAUGAACAGAUAGUUGUUUUCGCGAAGGACAGCGAACCCGAGGACGGAGAGGGGAAAACAGUUACACUGUUCGUGAAUUCAUUGAUGCCAAAUAUUGACUUCGAGGACCUCGACUCGAUAUUUCGAGAGAAUCACGUGGUCGAUCGAAUCCAAGACUUUGAUUGUCCCAAAGAGAUUGGACCGCACACGGUGUUCGCGCGUCAAGAGAAAAGCCUUUACUUCCGGUACGUCAGCGUAAUGACUACCCACGCAAUGUGUUUCAAGCUGUACAAUCGAAAUAUAAUACCCGCGAGCGUGGACGUAUAUUUCGUUCCGGAAUCAUUGAUGCCAAGCACAGCCAAACCUGAUACGUUCGUCGUGAAACCACGAAACGAACGCGUUCCGCCUAUGAGCUACAAAACGUUCACGGUGUCUUUUACUCCAACCAUUAUAGAGACGUUUAAAUGUACUUUGGAAGCAACCGUAAUUCUGCCACCACAUUUGGACGAAGAAAAACUGUCGAUCAAACUAGUAGGGGAAUCCUGUGUACCGGAAGUUGCAAUUAUAGAACCGAUCCACGGAAACAGGGAAAGGACUACAUUGAAUUUCGGCCGUACACUGAUCAACGAGUUCAGUUACAGAAAAUUUGUCCUAGAAAAUAUCGGGUUCAUCAAGGCAAAAGUCAUUGUUGAAAUCGACGAGGAUCAGUACAGAGUGUUUACUUUUGAAGCCUGCCCCGAUACGCGGCAUUUGCUUCAAAUCUGGGACAGUGGUUGCGAAGAAUCGAACGAUCGAUACACUGUGGUUCGUCUGACGCCCGGAAACGUGGCUUGCUUCAAGGUAACGUUCUCCCCGAAUGAAAUUGGAAAACGCACCGGGAAAAUUCGUCUAUUUGUGGUUGACAAUCCUUACGAAAAUAUGACGAUCAAUCUGGAGGGAGAAUCUUACAUGGAACCGCUCGUUCUGGAGGGUCUGGAGUUCGAGGAUAACAAACGCAGUGCCACGAUUGGAAAUCGGAACUCCGUUUCUAGAACACGAAGACUCUCGACAAAACAAAAUUCUCUAGCAUCAGCACCUGCGAGCUCGAGUUCCACCGCAUCUUUGACCUAUAUUCUCAACUACGGGCUCUGUGUCGUUAGCAAAAUGUACAAAAAGACGAUCAGAAUUGCCAAUAAAUCACCGGACCGUUGGUUUCGUUUCCAAUGGAGCGAACACCCCAACGUCGUGUUCGUGCCAACAAUUGGACACAUAAAAUUUCUUACAUGCAAAGAAGUCAUUGCUACUUUCCUGGCAUCGGAACCUACAAAUCAUGUAAACACUCGUAUCGAGUGCAUCGUGUGGGAAAUCGUCGCUACGGACGAUAACGAGGCUUGGGACGACAGACAAACGGAGGUGCGAUGGAAAAGCUUGCAACCUGACCUCGUCGAAAAGCCCAAGGAGGUAGAAGUGCUAUCGAAAAGAAUAGUGCGUCCAGCUCCAGAGCCAGAACGCGAAAGCGUGGCUGGAACGACCAAAACCAUUCUGGUUUUGCUCAAUGCCACCGUCGCUUUCUCGGAGUAUUUCUGCCCAGUUCGAGAAAUUUAUUUCAAGGACACGCUGAUGUUCCAGACUCGAGAAUACACGUUCACUCUAUCGAAUCCUGGAACGAUGAACACGCAGUAUGUGUGGAAGGUAACCAUGGACGAGCAAUAUCCGAAACGACGGAUGGAAAACAGUCCAAUCGGGACUUCGAGACCGAGGACCGCGGACGGUUCGCGUACUCGACCGAAUUCGAGAUCACAGCGAGGAAUUUUCUCAGCAACAAGUGAUCCACGUCGCGUAAACUUCGACGCUGAUGGAAAAAGCGCAGGGGACAGCGGAAAUCUUUUAUCACUGCGUUUCGCGUCGUCCGUUUCUGAUACCGUCGAGAUGAAAGGUUCGAGCGCGAAACGGACGGAUCUAUUCAGCAGCAGCGCCGGUUUGUCAGAACGAACCACGGAUAGCUGGUUGGAGGGUGACGAUCUACCAUUCGCGAUGCACCCUGACACAGGAACGAUAUCGCCUCAGGAAUCCGUGGAAUGCACAUUAAAAUUCUCUCCUAUAGACGUGUUUUAUUACAAGUCGUACCUUACGUGCAGGAUAGAAAAUCUUGAUCCGAAACUGCCGGAGUUGACGAUUCCCGUCGCCGCGAGAAGUUUACUGCCAUAUUGUCAUUUCGACGUGCAAGAGAGUGACUACAUAACCAGCGGCAGACGAGAUCCAACGCGACCCGGACCGCUGGGACGCGGCAUAGAGGAUCCCGCUUUGUGGCAGAAUAUCAGGGUAAUCGAAUUUAAAGUGGUCGGCGUCGGCGAGACACACGCGAAAAAAUUCCACCUUAUCAAUCCGACGAUGGACGACUAUCGGUUCACCUGGAAGGAUCGAACGCCCCAUCUCGCAGACGAGAUAUCGAAUUUUCACUGCACAGUGCCCGAGGGCAUCGCGGAACGCGGGAAACAGACCGACCUGGCUUUCACGUUUUUGGCAAAGGACGUCGGCGUCUUCGAAUCCUUCUGGCUCUUCUCCAUCGAGAGAUACAAUCUGGAGAGCCUUUUUCUGGUCGUCGCGACCGUAACCGAGCCCUCGGUGCACCGUCUCACGGUCCACGUGAAACUAAAGCCAACAAUCUUGGGACAUAACGUUCGAGAUUCGAUUAGGCUAUUGAACGAUGAAGAUUUUUCUAUACCGUUCAAAGUGUUGGAAGAAUCCUUAUAUUCGGAAGGUAAAUUUCAGAAGCUCGCUGUGACUCCAUUGUCUGGAAGCCUGGCACCGAAAAGCGAACAGCUUUUAUGGGUCGAGUACCAUCCAACCCGCGUCGGUGAAUUCGACUUUUCCAUUCAUUGUGCCGUGAAGCUGAUGAAAAGUCCUCUCGCCAUUUUUGUGACCGCAUCCGUUUACGAGAUCUUGUCCUCGGUUUCUUACUCCGUCGCGACCGACGAGAUUGUACGAGCAUGCGAAGAUACGGAUAACGUCAUCGAUCUGGGCAAAUUGAUGCCCAACUCACCGAUCGCCAUCAAGUUCGACAUAACAAAUUCUGGCAAAACGGCGUUUUACUACAUCUGGGACAUCGGCAUGACGCCGGAAGUCAUCAGCAGAAACGCUUACGCCGUAACGACGCCUCAGAAACAGGGAUACAUGAUCAGCGAAUCACGAUCGACCUGCAAUUUAACGCUUACGACGUUUCGCAAAACGACGAUCAAAGAUCACCGAAUUACAUUGAAGAUUUUGAAUGGUCCGACUUAUCGAUUUCUGCUGAAAGCUUCAUCGAAGAAACCCGGCAUCGAGUUCAACUUCGAUCGAUACGAUUUUGGGCCUUGUUACAUCCAAGAGAACAAUGCUCUGUCUUAUUAUACGGAACUGUGUUUGUCGAACUCCGAAGACGCGUCAUUCAUAAUCGAAUGCAAAUUCGAGGAACAACCGCAUCUAUCGGUGGACCUGAACUCCAUCUCUGUAGCCCUGGCUGCUCGUUCAACGAUUACUAUCCCGAUCACGUUUCGACCACUGAAGGAAACAAAGUAUAACGAGUGUCUGAUCUUCACAAUCGACUCGAGAAACGAGAAGAAAAUAACAAUUACUGGCGAAGGAAUCACCUAUAAGAUCCGACUGGUGAACCCUUGCGACAAAUUGAUCGAUCUGGGCAGCGUUUCCGCCUCCAGAACCGUCAUCAGAAAGAUUCCAGUGAUAAACGAGGGCUUGGCGCCUAUCGAAAUAAAAUUCGAUUUAAUGAACAAUCUCAGCGGCUACGAGGAGUAUCGCGAACGCGCGCGUUCCUGCGCGAUAAAAGAAAUCAACGAAAACGAAAUCAUACUGAAGGAAGCAUCCGUGAUGGAAACGAAACGUUCCUGGACUCGAGACGUGAUUCUACAAACCGAUGAACCGAGACUCGCGGACGUUCUGCGAAUCGAACCGUCGUCGAGCGUCGUUUUGAAGCCCAAAAAGAAGAUAAACGUGACUGUGAAGUUCAGACCUACGUCCAGGAUGAGACCGUUCACUGGCAAAAUAGGACUGCAAACGUCCUCGACGGUUCUACCGCUGUUCAUGGUGAACGGAAGCUGCGUUGGAGCGGACUUCCGUCUGAACAGGACUUAUGUUUCCUUUGGGUCGAUCGUGGAGGGUUGCACCGAGGAAGCUAAGAUAGUUCUGAUGAACGUUGGAGAUGUAGGUGCAAGAUUCAAGUGGAACACGUCGAAAUUGCCGGCAGAUUUUCGAAUCACCCCUGUGUCCGGCUAUUGCUCGCCCACUAUGGAUGUCAAUUUCAUUAUCAAGUUCCAACCCUCUCAACGGCGAAGUUUAAUUCAGGGUGAGGCAAUAAUAGACAUUGAGAAGUUUGGAUCUUUAGAGGUGAGAAUUACUGGAGGAUGUUGCAAACUACCAGAACCGGCUGACACCAUAUUCUUCGAGUCUGUUGUACGUGCACAACAAACGCAAACUGUGAGUGUCCUGAACGAUACAAACGUCCCUUGGAAAUUGAAACCAGAAGUGACUGGCGAUUAUUAUUUCGUCGACGAAAUCUUGCACGUACCUGCCAAAGAAUUAGCUUUUUGCACUGUCACCUAUGCUCCUACUGCCAUGAACACCGAGAACACUCCACACACGGGUACGCUGUUAUUGAAAUUACCCGACGAAAAAUCGCCUUUGUUGUAUUCUCUUCGUGGUAAUAGCUUGCCCCCUGAAGCUCUAGCUAAAAUUUACCGACGAUUUCCUGCGAAAACGAAAUACACCGAAUUGUUACCUGUUCACAAUUGGCUAAACAGGCAGCAGCGAUUUCAAUGCAAGAUUUUACCAAUGAUAAGCGACAACGCGAAUACGAAGGAAAUUCCUCUUUAUAAUUUCAUCGGUAACAAUAAAAUCGAUGUUCCAUCGAACAGCCAAAGGGACUACCGUGCAGUGUUCUACUCUUACGCGGAAUCGAGUUUCCACUUCAAAGUGACGUUUACGAACGAGGACAAAGAAUAUCAGUUUUACGAGAUCGAGUACGACGUCACGGAACCGGAAGUGUUGGAAUCGAUCAAGUUGACAACCUCGGUGCGGUCUCAGGUGUGUCACAAUUUGAAACUAAAAAAUCCCCUGGAAUAUGACUCGAUAAUAUACGUGGCGAAAUGUGACGAUCCUUUUAUAUCGAUUCGUGAUAUGCCAAAAACUGUGCCACCGUUAUCCAGCGAGUACGUCAACGUGAAUUAUUACCCAAUGCUACCCACCGAGAACUCUAUCGUCAUGCUCGACAUUAAUUGCCCAGAACUCGGACAUUUUCCGUACGAACUACGAUUAAAAGCUUUACCAGCGCUUCCGGAAAAAGUGACACGCGUAAACGCAACUCUCGGUUCCUCCUACGUAUUUCCGCUUUCCGUGAGGAACUGUACCGAACAUAAAACCAAAUUCACAAUCCAAAUUGAUAACGACUGUUUCACGAGUCCAAGCAGCAUCGAAGUAUCAGAGAUCAGCAAUGGAAUAGUCGAAGUCGUUUACGAACCAUGCAAUAUCGAGAAUGUCACUGCGACGUUGACAGCUUCGUCGGAAACUGCUGGAGAAUUUAUAUUUCCUUUAAUUGGAACCUGUUCCUUGCCAAAAAUCAUGGGACCCUACACAAUCACGCAGAAAGAAUCGACAUCAAUACGCUUUAGAAAUGUGUUCAAAGAAACGAAACCUUUCAAUUUUCUCACCGAUGUUCCAGAAAUAUUUGCAAUUGAGACACUAUCGGCAUCACUAGAUCCCAAACAGACUAUCGAUAUAAAAGUGAGCCUCCUCGACGACAAACAGGAUGACGAAGACUUUACAGAAGAGAAGAAUGCAGUUACGGGAAAACUACUAAUAUAUUGUACCGACCAUAAUCUUUCUCAUAUUAACUGGGUGUAUUACUUAAGAGGAAUUUUUGAAUAA